AUGGUUCUAGAAUUAAAGGGGGAUAUCUGGAAUGUGACGGGAUUAAACUGCGGCAGGAAGAGGUCUCUCAUAAGGAAAACAAGGAAGGAGUGGAAUGUAGAUGCUGUUUGUCUACAAGAGACCAAACUGAGCGAGGACAUCACAGAAGUUGUUAGAGAUAUUUGGGGGAAUAAGUGGGUAGAUUAUGUUCAUCUGGAAGCUAGCGGAACUAGAGGAGGUAUUGUGAUAAUGUGGGAUAAAAGGGACUGGGAAGGGAAAUUGAGCAGCGUGGGAAUGUACUCCGUUUCUUGUAGUCUUGUAGGGAAAACACAAGAUUUCAAAUGGCACCUAACAUGCAUAUAUGCUCCAAAUCAUAGACAAGAAAGGGAGGAAACUUGGGGGGAAAUAGGGGCGACUAGGGGUCUCUUUUCAGGUCCUUGUAUUUUAUGUGGGGACUUCAACACAACUAGGCAUCCAUUAGAAAAGAAGAAUUGCAGAAGAAUUAACAACGCCAUGUCUGACUUAUCGGAGUUCAUUGAGGACAUGGAACUUGUAAAUUUGGAUUUGAAAGGGGGAAAGUAUACAUGGAAGAAAGGAGAUAGGCAUGACAGAGCAACAAGAUUAGAUAGAAUACUCAUCUCAGAUGAGAUGGAUGAUAGCUUCAAAUACCUUAAGCAUUACAUUCUAUAG